GGGCGGCCGCCUGCACCAUGGCCUCGCCGCCGCCGCCGCUCCUGCCGCUGCUGCCGCCGCUGCUGCUGCUGCUGCUGCUGCCGCCGCCGGCCGCCCCCGGGACGCGGGGCCCGCCGCCCGCCGGCCUCCGCCAGACGGUCCCCGCGCCGGGCGCCGCGAGCGCGGCUACUGUAAAAAACCACAGGCUAGAAAGCAACACGGAACCACCCCACAUAGAAAACGUUACCUUUGAUCAGAAUCAAGUGGACUUCUCCACAGUGGUCUCCAAAGAGGGUAUGGUGGUUCAGACCCCCAGGAAGAGCCCUGCUUCUUCAGAUGCUCCAGAAAACUUCACUCCACAAACGGAACCAGCAGCUACAGGAAGAAAUGACUCUUCAAGGAGAACGGAUUUUACCAUUUCCCCUGUUGGGCCUGAGAGAGCAGCAGCUCUGACUUCCCAGAGCGGCACCUCGGCCUUGGGAAGGCGUUACCCGCCAUCCAGCAGUGCGGGGUCAGAGGGGAGGACGGGCCCUCCUCACGCGGAGAGCGGAACGUCCCGGGGUCCCGCGGCAGUGACCGGGCACACCCAGGGGGCUGCCACUUCAGCUUGGAGCCAGUCCUCUCUUCCUGCUGUGGGACGGGAAGAAGGGACCACACUCCCCAGGCAGAGAGAUUCCUCAGGACCAGAGCUCUCGUGGCUGCCUCUCUCCAGGACACCGGCUUCCUCCCCUCCCUCAGACGGGUCCGCAUCUUCUGAAAGUACAGAGGAUUUAAGCAGCUCCACUGCUGUCCACAGCCCCUCGGUCAGCGGGACAGAGAGCGUCCAUGGUGCCACCACGUUCCCCAGUGGUGUCCCGAGGACGCUCCAGUCUUUAGCCUUCAGUCCGGGACGUCUGAAUGAGACAGAGUGUUUCCCAAAGGGCUCUGAAAUCGCCACGACUUCAGCAUCCACCCGUUCUUCCCCCUCUGAGGCAGAGUCGAGAAGAAACAGUGGAGUAGUCGGGAGCUCAGGGAAUGGGAGAUUCACUGAGCUGCCCCCAGAAAAUGGAUUUGGCCUUACGUCCUCCAAGGCCUCAGGGGAGUUUUGGCGAAAUGAUUCCCCAACUUCCGGAGGAUACCAGCUGGCCCGCAGCUCUGGUGCAGGGAGCGGCAGCGCCGUGUCUCAGACAGAGACCGCCUCUCGGUCAGUCCUGCCGGUCAGAGGUGGAGAGAGCACCGCUCGCUGGUUCUUGACCAACAGCAGGCUGUUUGCAGAUGUGACCAGAAGCUCCACUUCCCAUCCUCAGGUUGUGAACGCUUCAGUGUUGACCGGGUCCUCGGCCUCCGCCCCACAGUCUCGAGGACGUGACCCAGAGCUGGGUGAGAGGAGCUACUCUGAGCUGGCGACCGAGUCCUUGUCUUCAUCCUCCCCGGAAAGCCUGGGCUCCUCGCCACCACGUGGGGAGCGCUCGACCACGGAAGACAGUCCUGAGCUGGGCGUCCGCUCCGAAGCAGAGGAGGGGGCUUCCAAGCGGCCGUCGGGAGCCCGGGCUCACAGCCCGCACACGUGGGCUACUUUCACUAGAGUCGGGGAGCGCACGCUGCGGUCUCUUACCAACGGCAGCACGACUCCCGGAGGCGUGGGGCGUUCCGUGGUGCCGCCCAGAGAAACGGAGAGCCCCGCGCAGCAGAGGACCGCGACCGCGACUGGGGACGCCCACCUGGCCUCGGGUUCACUGGUGGCCUCGCCCGCCCUCGGGGGUGACAGAGUCACUGCAAUCGGCGACGAUGCACGGCGUGGCCCAGACCCUGAACAGGGGACGUCCAGCGAGUACACGGACCACACCUAUGUCUCGGCUCCUUUCACCAAAGGGGAGCGGGGGCUGCUGUCCGUCGCAGACCACAGUUCAUCCUCGGACGGAAGGGAGAGUUCCACCUCUCCCGUUAAGAUCUCGAGCUCUUCGCAUUCAGACUCUUCUUCCCUUUCUCCGACUGAGACCGAGAGAAGUAACGUCUCAUCCCACGAAGGGGAAUACGCUCAGUCGUCCACCGAGGCGCUGUUUCUGCGCACGGCCAGCCCUCCGUCCCGCACACCCACUGUGAACAUGAUGGCCACUCCGGUCCUUUGGGACACCGACGCUGAAUCUGGUGGGGACGCACCAUCGUCGUCUUUGUCAGGGCCCGCCUCGCCCCAGCCCUCGGUGUCACAGCCCUACCGGCUGUUCUCGUCAGCCUUGCCAGCCUCUGGGGCCCCCACUCACCCGCUGCAGUCCGCCCCUGACGUGCCCACGCCUGUGUCUUCCUCGCCACCACCCUCACCAGGAUCCCUCACGGCACCUGCCCCUGCCUCACCGUCUGUCUCACAGACCACCCUCGCACCUCCGUCUUCUACCCCAGGCCUGCCCAGGGCACAGGAGGCUCCUGGGACUUCAGUUUGGACGUCGACAGCGACACCGUCCACGACAGUGCUCCCCAGCAGUCAGACAGCAGAUCCAAAGAACCAGAGCCACCCGCACCUCCAGGAGAUCGUUACGGAGUCCAAGCCACCGAGCCUGGAGACUCUGCCCACGGAGGCCACGGAAGCUGUAACAGUCAGGUCUACUCUGGGGACCCCUUCAACCCCCGCCUCGACAGAGUCCUCCACUGAGCAGACCUUUCCAGCCACGCGCACCAGCUUAGCCCAGAUGCCUCCAGCUCUGGUAGCCACCACUCUCAAGACCUCUCAUCGCCUCGUGCCCGGCCUCCAACCCCCGUCAAGCACGGCAGCUCUGACGGGUGGGCCCACAACAGUACAGACCGUGGCUGGAAAACAGCUGCCGCCAACUAGUCCUGAAAUUGUAGUGGAACAAGCCUCCACAGUAGGUGUUGUCACCACAGGAAGGAGCCCAGUGCAUGGAGCUGCUGCCACCGGCUCCAUCCCUCUAACCAGCGCACCCGCGUCGGCAGAAGAAUCGACCACAGGGCUUGGCCCUACAGAAGAGGACAGCCCGGCUUCACGUUUCCUCAGGACAUCUCCUUUCCCCCAAACCACAUCUGUUUCUACGGCUAAGGUGUUGACUCCUGUGUGGACCACCUCCACUGCUCGGAGCAGCACCCGGACAUCCACAGCACCGUCAUCUCCAGCCGCAGUUAACAGCUGUGCCGCUAACCCGUGUCUUCACGACGGGAAAUGCAUUGUGGACCGCACCCGCCGUGGGUACCGGUGUGUGUGCUCCCCUUCCUGGCAAGGGGACGACUGCAGCGUGGAUGUGAAUGAGUGCCUCUCGAACCCCUGCCCGCCCCUGGCCACGUGCAGCAAUACUCAGGGGUCCUUCACCUGCAGAUGCCCCGUGGGGUACCAGCUGGACAAAGGGACAUGCGGCUUGGUUAGAACCUUCGUGACAGAGUUUAAAUUAAAGAAAACGUUUCUUAAUACCACCGUGGAAAAACAUUCAGACCUCCGUGAAGUUGAAAAUGAGAUCGCCAAAACGUUAAACCUGUGUUUUUCCACAUUACCUGGUUAUACCCGAUCCACGGCUCAUGCUUCUAGGGAGGCCAGUGCGGUGGUGAUGUCACUGCAAACCACCUUUUCCCUGGCCUCCAACGUGACGCUGUUCGACCUGGCCGACGGGAUGCAGAGAUGUGUCAAUGCCUGCAGGGCCUCUGCCGAGGUCUGCCAGCUCUUGGGGUCUCAGAGGCGGAUCUUUAGAGCGGGCAGCUUGUGCAAGCGGAAGACUCCGGAGUGUGACAGAGAGACCUCCAUCUGCACCGAUCUGGACGGGGUCGCCCUGUGCCAGUGCAAGUCCGGCUACUUCCAGUUCAACAAGAUGGACCACUCCUGCCGAGCCUGUGAAGAUGGAUAUAGGCUUGAAAAUGAAACCUGUAUGAGCUGCCCAUUCGGCCUUGGUGGUCUCAACUGUGGAAACCCCUAUCAGCUUAUCACGGUGGUGAUCGCAGCAGCGGGAGGCGGGCUGCUCCUCAUCCUGGGCGUCGCCCUGAUCGUUACCUGUUGCAGAAAGAAUAAAAAUGACAUAAGCAAACUCAUCUUCAAAAGUGGGGAUUUCCAAAUGUCCCCAUAUGCUGAGUACCCCAAGAAUCCUCGGUCACAAGAAUGGGGCCGAGAAGCUAUUGAAAUGCAUGAGAAUGGAAGCACCAAAAACCUCCUCCAGAUGACGGACGUGUAUUACUCGCCCACAAAUGUAAGGAAUCCUGAACUUGAACGAAAUGGACUCUACCCGGCCUACACUGGACUGCCAGGAUCGCGGCAUUCUUGCAUUUUCCCCGGACAGUAUAACCCGUCUUUCAUCAGCGAUGAGAGCAGGAGAAGAGACUACUUCUAAGGGCAGGAGGGAGAAGGGCCUGCGGCUCCGCCCGCACCAGGGGCGCCGCGCCCGCGCAGCCCGCGGGCAGCGGACGGGCUGGGCGGCAGGGCCGCAGAGGCAGGGGCCGCGGGACUGCGGGCCGCGCGGCCGGCACCGCCGUCGCUGCUGGGGGUGUGGACACGGGCCUGCGCAGCGCAGGCCCCGCGCGGCCGCGGCGUGAUGUCCGUCAGCGCGCAUCGUCAGGCAUCGGUGCCGGGACCCAGGGCUUCCUUCGUCUGCACGUUAGUAAACGCGGAAGCAGGGAGGGAGGCCUCCUUCCGGACUUCUGUCAAGACUGCUCCAGAAAGAAGGCCUCGUCUCCUCAGACACGUCCGCAGGCCUCCGUCUGGUGAUGCAUUCACAGCAAAAUGCUGGCUCUGGCGCGUCUCCUGCGCCGCAGCCGCGUGCCGAGCCGCAGGCGGGGGACACGCCGCGGGUGUCCGGGGGCGCGCGGCGCCGCCACACGCUGCCCCGUCGUCUCGUGCUGCCGUCGCCACACGGGCCCCCGGACCAGGAGCGGCGGCGUCUGAGCACGCGGCUCGCCGGUCUUCUUCAGCCCGGGUGACACAUGCACCUGGGAUGAGUUUCUCCCUUGGCGCUCACAGCGCGCACUUCCAUCCGCGUCUGGAUCGGGGCAGAGCAGCCUCCGUCUGGCUCCCGGCAGAGGCGUCCAGCUGCCCGCGCGAGGCCCCGGCGCGAGGCCCGGCGGGGCUGGGCGAGGGCCCUGUGGGGGGCGCGUCCCUGAGGCCGCGGCGUGUGGGGCCGAGGGCGGAGGGCCGCCGGCCGGGCCGGGCCCCAGCGCUGAGGGAGACGCGGGCGGGGACGCGGGCGGCGCGGGCUGGGCUCGGGGGGGCCGGCGCGCUUCCGGGGAGCGGCCGGAAGCCGGGCCGGAGCCGCCCGCGCGCCGCGUGCCCGCCGGGCGGCCGGUGUGGUCUCAGCCCCGGGCUCGUCCGCAGGCUCGGUGUCGGCCGAGGGGUCCAGCCAGCCACUCCAAGCUAUUUAUUCAGUGAAGAAGUAACUUAUUUUCUCUCACGCGGUCAUGUGUGAUCCCUUGUACGACUCCGGCGUUCCCUCCAGAAACGCGGCUGUAAUUCCGGCCCGCGCCGGGGGGCUGGACGGCCUCCGGCCAGUCAGGGCGCCGCGCGUGGGGCGGCUGCGGCCUGGGGGCCGCACGGGGGCGGGCGGCCGCGCGCCGUGCCUUCGCCUCGGGCCUGGGGGACGGCGGGCACGCUCACCCGCUGUGGACGUCCCGCGUCGGGGCGACGUGCGGAGAGCACAGGCGUGAGAGCCUCGCUCCCGCCCUGAGGCUGGGCGCUCAGGGGCGCCCGCUCCUCUGGGCCGGGUGCGCCCUUCCGAGACAGUCCUGUCCGGCGCGGGCGCUCCUCCCAGGUUCUCUGAUCUCUCCAGGACGGAUCUGAUCGUUAUUCUUAUGGAUUUCUCAUGCUAACAGUUUUAAGGGCAAACUCACGAGUCCCGUGGUUUCCACGAGUCACCAUUUCCCUGUUGCAGCAGGAAUUCUAGUCCGUUGGGAUACCACUUUGUAGUUAAAUUGCAUUCAUCGUGUGAGAUAGUUACAAAAAGAAUUCUGUGUCGUCAGGGGGUGCCAACUUAAAAUUUCAGAGCAUCCCCUUUUAGAGAUCUUGGGUCUUGCCUCUCCAUGCAGCCAAACAGCCGUCUGUGCCUCGUGGCCUCGCCCCUGAUUGCAGGGCUCGAGCUCCUGCCCUCAGCUCACCUGAGCCAGCAGGCUGGGUGCCCAGGGAGGUGGCUGCUUCCGGGCUCCUGCCACAGAGCCUUGCUCGCCCCCAGGGCCAAGACCCACAGUGGGGUCAGUCCCCAGCACACACGCCUGCCGCCUCCAGCCGACAGACCAUCUCCUGUGCCGGAACCAGAAGCUGGACGCCGCACAAAGUGAAGUGUUCUGUCCCCAGAGCAUCCUAGAGCAGGAUCUCAACGUCCAGAAAGGAGCGUGCUGUGAGUUCCAAGAAUGCUUUCCUGGGAGUGGGUUUUGUGCAUGUGAAGUAGGUUGAGUGUUGUUUUUCUUUCACUGUGAAAAAGGGAAGCACCCUGCAAGAUUGAGUUCACAUGGCAUCUGCAGUUUCUAGGAGGCUUGCAGGGUUGGGGGUGAGGGGAGUGCCAGUGCCGGCUGCCCACCUGGGUAAGGCAGGGAGAGGCCGGCUUCACGCCUGCUUAGUGUUCAGAUGCCUUCAGAAGGGUCCUUCCUGAGCCGAGAAUCAGCUGGCGGGGCAGCAGGCGCAGGAAUGGGGCCCAGGCUGCACGCGCCCCUGGUGAGCGGAAGCCCGCGGCUCCCUUCGACACAGGUGGAGCGUGCAAGUCCUGUGCGCAGAAGUGCCUCCGUCCUGCAUGGAGCCCCCGCAGCCGGGCAUGGGGAGGGAGCGGCCCAUGAGACGCUCAGCCCUCUGAAGGGGAGCGUGGGGCCACGUGGAACCCCGUGUCCCGCAGGUGCCAGAGCAAGGUGACUCCCAGAGCAGGUGGUGCUCACUGGGGCCUCCCAGCAUGGGCAGGUUUUGUUGAAGCUCCAGAGGGUCUUAUUUCUGGUGUUUUUUCCUCUUUGCCCCAUGAGCCAGCGCAGGGCACUAGAGACAAUUUAGCCUAAAUAGUUCCAACAAGCAUCUCACGUGUUCCCAUCACACCCAGGCUCUGUGCGGGGCACGUGGCCUCACCACACCCUUGUGAGGUGGGUGUGAGAGAGCCCAUUUCUCUGACAUGGGACCCUGCAGAGGGGAUAAGUACCUUGCCUUGGAGAGCCAGGACUCAAACCCUUCUGCCUGGCUCAGUCUUCCCGCUGUACCUCUUGCCUCAACUCCCUGACAGGUGCUUCACCAUCCAGUGUCAAAGACAGCUUGAGAGAGUGGGCUUACAAUAAAAGUUGUUGUUGUUGUUGUUUUUAAAAAGAACUUUAAUAUUAAGCAGUAGCUAAAGUAAUCCCAUGAAGUGCAGAAACAAAAUGUUGAAAAAGCCCUUUCAGGUCUGUUGCUACAUGUAUUUCUUGGAUGCUUGUGGCCGUUGUUAAGAUAACAGAGGCUGUCUCGUGCUUAUUAGCGAGAAGCACAUUGGUACGUGGCUUGGAUGAAGGAGGUGUAUGGUGAUGGCCUGGGCUUUUGACAGACACAGCCAGACUCAGACAUCCACCUGAGGGCUGCCUUGCCCUGUUCCCAUGGUGCGGCUGUGUUUCCCACCUGUUGGAAGCAUAUUUUUGUGAACAUGAUCUGAGUCUGGAACAUAUUCAGUUGAAUGUCUUAAAUGCUGACCAAUCUUCCUCCUUUGACAAAAGUUUGUUUUCAGAAGCAGCUAAGUCAUUUAGAGCUAAAAUUGCUGAGUGGAUAGUGUAAUCAAGCUGGCUGAUAGCAUUUGAGGUCAAAAACUAAGGUGUAACUGUUACGUUCUUGAAGGGAUCAUUCUUAACGUUGGCCCAAAUGUGAGGGCAGCAUCUUUGCAAGGUGAGGCUGGGUGGCUGCCCACCAAAAUGUCUUUGACAGAUGAUAUUCAUUCAGAUGUGAAAGUUCCCAGAGCAGACACUUCAGGGUCACUCCUUACAUGUGGCUUUUUUGCAACCUUCAUUAAGUCAUCUUGCCCACUGGUGGGGCGCCCAGGUGGGUGCCUGUAACUCUGUGAAUACCGCUUGCAGAAGCGAGAACGUUCAGGCCAUCUGCUUCUGGCUUAGUUUGGCCUAACACCCCAAAGUAGGGUUUUGACCCAUGAUUCUAAGAUACACUGAUUUCAAAACUAGAGCACUUCUUUGGAGGGAGGAAGAAUGCAAAGUUCAGUAUCUCAGUACUUUGAAUCUGAUUGAAAACCACUCAAUAUCAGAGAUGCUUUCUCUGUGUGAAAACUCUUGUGGGGAUUAGAAGGGACAUUUCAUUUCCUUCUUCCUGACAAAGCAGCAUUCUGAGGUUCUCAUGUGUGUUUUUGGAAACAGAUACAGCUUUGUAGAGUUGGCUGUUAAGUAUGUACUCUUUUUUCUUUUUCUUUCCUUGGUUCCCCAAAGAAGAAACCUGGUUAAACUACUAGAAGGAUUAAAGUAUUAAAGGUCAGUUAAUUUUUUGUGCUAAAGUAUCUUUUCAAGAGUGUUAUAAUUCAUUCUAUUUGGUAUAAAGUGCUCCCAGAAAAUCCUGUAAAACCAAAGGGGACAAUUGAGGUCUAAAAAGAGACAUAUCUUAGACUGACUCUGUCCUCUUGGCAUUUUAAAGAGGAUGUUUAAAAGGAUUUACAUAUUAGAUUCUGGCUUUAUCUUUUUUUUUUUUUUUUCUUGGAUACCUAAUAAUGUACUUCAGGUGCAGAGUUCUUGGGUAAGAAGGAUGGGACUAGACAGGGGUGGGAUGGAACCAGUCCACCUGGGAAACUAAGCCAGGUUUCUGUAUUACCUUGCCUGUUUCUUAAAAGAUCUCUCGUCAUAGGUUGCUGUGAGUUUUGUUAAUGUUUGUGUUGCUGGGUUUCUUGUUAAAUGAAACAUGUAGCUGGAAGAUGAACUUUUUGAGUUUUCACAUUGUCCCAGAUUUCUCUUUGCAUAACUUUAAACCUUAGCCCCUGGUUGAUUGUGUUAAAUCCAUUAUGAGAAUGUUAUUUAAAGUUGUGUUAUAAUUGCAACCUCCACUAAUUAUUCAGUACUGUAGCAGCAAAGUAUUAUUUGUAAGAAUUUGAUUAUUUUUAUACUUAUACCCACUGUAAGUCUGGCGUUCUAGUCAGUAAAAUGAUGCAAUAAAAUCAAUAUCAUUUU